UGAUUCCCACCCCCAGGAGAAAGGAGGCUGCGUGGGUCAGACGUGCUUACCCCACCCACUGCAGAGGGCCCUACAAGUGCCUCCUACUGCAGCCCCACAGCUCUGCAUGUCAGAGGGAGCCCCGUGCCGCAGCCAUGGUAGCCCAGUGCCUUCUACUCCUUGCUUUUGUGCUGGUCUUGGCUGUCCCAGGCCUCUCCGUGCCUGCAGAAAUCCUAAACACUUUCAAGAAAACCUCCAACACUUUGGCAAACGCUCUGAAGAAAAACAGUAAGGAGCAUUCCAUGGGUUGGCCCGAAGACUGCAGUGAGAUCCCUCCUGGCAGCCCCAGCGGCGUCUACAUCAUCCAGCCCUCAGGGCUCCACCCCAUCAUGGUGUACUGCGAGAUGAACGUGACGGACGGGGGCUGGACGGUCAUCCAGAGGAACAGCCACAACACAGACAUCACCUGGGCCGAGUCCUGGAGCACCUACAAGUACGGCUUUGGGAACGUGCGCGGCGACUACUGGCUGGGCACCGAGUACAUCCACCAGAUCGCCAAGCAGAAGGUCUACCAGGUCAGGUUCGUCAUCCAUGAUGCCUCCAACAACGUCAGGUUCGCAGACUACAACCUCUUCAGUCUGGACGAUGAGGCCCAGGGCUACCGGCUGCGGCUGGGCUCCUACGCGGGCACAGCGGGGGAUGCCAUGGACUCGGACAAUCCCAGUAACAUGCACAACAACAUGAAAUUCUCCACCAAAGAUCGGGAUCAGGACACUUCAAGGAAGAACUGUGCGUCCCGCUCUGGGGGCGGGUGGUGGUACUCGGCUUGUUAUUCCGUGCGGCUGAAUUUCAAGGGCGGCCUGACGUGGGGCAGCCUGUGCAAAGGGGACUGCAAAUCCUCCCUCAUCCUCAUCAAACCAGCUCCGUACACAUAGCGUCCCUUCCCCAGCAGACGCAGCCAGGCCAGGGCUCUGCCGCACCGCUCGUUGCUGGCUGGGAUUCUGGGCGUGAGUGGGGUGUUCCUUUAUACCAAGAGCUGUUUUCCUUUCCUCUUUUCCUGGAUAUUAGCUGAUGAAUGUCUGUGGCCCAUCACCUGUGGUGGGUUUUUAGGACCAUCAUUAGAACAAGACGUUGCAAACGUUUUGGUAUUCCUGUCCCAGCAAGGGCUCAUUCUCUUUCUGCUCUGCGGUUACAGCUGAAGGCCACAGACUUCAGCAGAGAAUCUCAUUCAUUGCCAGCUAACCCAACCUAAGCUGCUCCACACCCGGGCAGAACGCACAGAUGCUGCAGCUGGUGCUCAUCCUGCAGAAUAAAACUGCUUUCAGAACCAGCA